AUGGCCACAUCUGUCAUUUGCCUGUGCGGGAACAUUGACAUACCUGUUCAGCUGGAUAUCAUUCACCAAACCAAACUACAACUAUGCCACUGUCAUGGAUGCCGCACAACAGUUGGACAGAUAUAUUCCUCUUACCACCCCCUCAAACUUGAGCCGAAGCUUGAGGGGCUUCAGGAGUAUCAACAGUCUGACCACAUUAGCCGAUUCUUCUGUAAGACCUGUGGUUCUCAUGUCUUUGCUCACUCAAAGCCUAGCGGGCAGUUCCGUGUUGCCUCCGGACUGUUGGUCAUGAAGCUCCCAGUCGAAACGAUUGAGCAUUGGCAGCUCAGUGAAACUGGCGAUGGGGGACUAAGUGUAUAUCUCCCAGGCACGGAGUCAACUACCGCUGGUUGUGUUCUCGAUCUCCCAGGAACGCCAACGAAUACUACAGAACCAGCUAUCAAUGAGCAAACUGAAGUGAACAAGCACCGUUUACACGCACGUUGCCAUUGCGGAGGAGUAGAGUUCUACAUCACAAAGCCUGACACAUCGUCCUCGCAAGCAACUUCACCGUGGGCAGAUUUACUGGUUCCAUACUACACCGGAUCAGGAGCCAACCCUGAUGAUGUCAAAUGGUGGCUCCGAGACGACUGCACCAAAUAUCUGGCCGGAACCUGUGUUUGUAAUACCUGUCGACUGAGCAGUGGGUUUCCUAUACAGACCUGGGCUUUUGUGCCCAAAUCAAACAUACUGAACAUAGAUGGGUCAUCACUGGAUUUCAAGAAAGGCAGCAUGCGACGACACAAUAGCUCGCCUGGUGUAUAUAGAGAGUUCUGUGGCUCCUGUGGUGCCACGGUGUUUUGGCAUUGCGACGAGCGACCAUCACUGAUUGAUGUCAGUGUUGGUUUGCUGAGAGGCAAUGGGGCAAGAGCAGAGGACUGGCUAGAUUGGGCACCAAGUCGGGUCAGUUUUGCUGAAAUGGCUGUACAGUCUGAUUUGAUUCACCAGUUGGAAGACGGUGUUAAUCGUUACUCAAGUCUAAAGGGGAAGUCUGGGAGUACUUUGGGUCUCGGCGUUGAUAGUUGA